AUGGGUCUCUUUUCACGAAAAGACAAGAACGCCUCUCCUGCUCCGGCGGCGAAUCCUUAUGCCACUCCACAGCCUCAAGCCGAUCCUUACGCGCAAGAUAGCAAAUAUGCCAACAUGCCCGCCCAGCCCACUCAAUCUCCAUAUCAAUCAGCCAGACAGCAGCAGUAUACCGCUCCAGGAACCGGGAAUGCCCCUGACGGCCCUCGAGGUGGAAUGGGCGGCUCCAAUCCUCGAGCUCCGGCUCCCAACGGUGGUGGUUACGGAUCAGAUAAAUAUGGAAGCGGCGGUGGAUAUGGCGCAAACAGAUACGAUGGCUCUUCCGCCAAUUCGGGAUCAAAGUAUGGCCCUGCAGGUUAUGGUGGCCUAGGACGAACAAACAGCAAUGAUACAACUACAACGGAAGACAACAAGAAUGAGCUAUUCGGUGGCGCGAAGGAUAGAUACGCACAAAAGGCAGCUGCUAACUCUGAUCGACCUCCGCCAUAUGGUGCGCAGUCAGAUUCUGGCCCAUCAACUGGAGGCGGAUAUGGGGCGUAUGGCGAAGAAAGACAGCUUACUGCCGAAGAAGAGGAAGAAGAAGAUGUACAGGCAACAAAGGCUCAAAUCAGGGCCAUGAAGCAAGAAGAUGUUUCAUCUACCCGAAACGCACUGAGAAUCGCGGCCCAGGCUGAGGAGACCGGCCGUGCUACCUUGGCUCGUCUAGGUGCACAAGGUGAACGUAUUCACAAUACUGAAAAGAACCUGGAUCUUGCUGCCAACCAUAACCGGCUCGCUGAGGAGAAGGCUAAAGAAUUGAAGACUCUCAACAAGACUCAACGAGAUGAGGAUAUUAUCAACAAACACAGAUCAGAACGCGACCAGCGUGAGGAGACUAGGAAUGCAGCUUUUGCAUCCUCACAAAGAAUGGAAGCAAACUUCAGGGAACUUCAGCCAGGAGAUGUUGGAUAUCGAGCAACAGCCACUAAGGCUAGUCUUGCAGAGAGGUCAAAAUAUCAGUUCGAAGCCGACUCUGAGGAUGACGAAAUGGAGAAUGAAAUUGACUCCAACUUGGAUGCUCUAGGCCAUGCUGCCGGAAGGUUGAACCUACUGGCUAAGGCUACUGGUCGUGAAGUUGAUGACCAGAACAAACACAUCGAGAGAAUUAUUGGCAAGAGCGACCGUGUCGACGAUCAAAUCGCUAUGAAUAGAGCCAGAUUGGACCGCAUUCACUAA